UGAAGCCGUGCCUUGUUUCGUUUUCAGUGCGAUCGCAGACAUUGUGCAAAACGGUUCACAGUUCUCUCCUCGCGACUGGAAGUGAUCUGUUAUAUUUUGUGGGAGUGCACUGAGAAAGAAGUCGGGAAUAUCGGUGUCAAAUUGAUUGGGAUUCAUUAAACUUGCAACAGAGUCAAACAUUUUAAUCACGACGCAAGUGGCAAGCGCGCAAUUGAGCUUUAUCAAUUUCGGGCGUUUCUUCGGAGGCUCGACAAAUAUACACAGCCAAUCGGAACGAGACUCGCAGCGAGGGUCGCAACAUGGAUAGCGUCAAGUCGUUCUUCGCCGGUUCCAACAAAGAUGGAAACCUGACCAAUAAUCAACAGUCAAAUGUACCUGGAUCAUCCAUUAGCAGCCGUUGGGGUCGGAGCUGGAGCACCAGCUCCCAGCAGACGGAUCCUGAACCAGGAUCCUCCAACUCUCCGGCCAGCAAGAGCGGAAAUCCCUGCGAUGUCAAGCGCAAGGAUAGUGAUAACUACUUUUACAUUAUGUGGCGCGCUUGAAGAUUACCAGACGAUUGUGGAUCGGAGCAUCAGUCGGAUGAGUCGUGAUCCAUAUCUAAAGUGACCUGCAGCUAUAUAUGUAUCUGUAACCCUAUUA